AUGGGCUGGACAUACAACACCAAAGACCCCGAUGCCCCCACAAUCGGGCCCAUGAUCACGGGUGUUGCUACUGCCCUCACUUUCCUCUCUCUUGUCACAGUCUGCCUUCGGACUUAUGUGCGGGCCCGCUUAAUCAAGGCUUUCGGGAUUGAUGACUGGAUUAUUCUGGUAACAUGGAUCUGCGUGGCAGGGUUCGCCAUCGUCAGCGUCGUUCAGACGAAAUGGGGCCUCGGAUUACGGCAUAUCCAAGAUUUACCCCUUGAAGACGUUUACAACUUUGGUCUUCUCCAAUAUAUGGGUGCCCCUUUCUACAUCACCAGCAUACUCGGCUUCAAACUUGCCCUCCUAUUCUCCUACCGCCGUUUUGUCCCCAUCGGCGCCUACCGCCUCACGUUGUUUACCGUCAUCACAGCCUGCGUGCUGUUCCACCUCUCCUUCCUCCUCAUCCAGCUCAACCUCUGCCAGCCGAUCCGGAAACAGUGGGACCCGGCAAUCACCUACGGCUCAUGCAUUCCCGGCGUGCCCUUCUACACCUCCAUGGCCUCGAUAACGAUCGUCUUUGACGUGACAGUCAUGCUCCUCCCCUUCCCGGUCCUCCUGCACUCGCGCAUCCAGACGCGCAAAAAGGUCGUCCUCCUCGGCCUCUUCGGCCUCGGCGUCUUCAUCACCGUCAUCCAGAUCAUCCGCAUCCAGACGGUCGCCCAGCUCGCCAACUACACCGACUCGGCCCCGCUGAUCCUGUGGUCCGCCGUCGAGACCAACCUCGGCCUCGUCGUCGCCAACGUGCCCACCCUCGCGCCCCUCGUCAAGUACUACAGCGAGCGCACCUCCCGCGGGAGCCGCGGCGGUGCCGGUGCCGGUGCCAGUGCUAGUGGUUAUGGGAAUAGUCGUAGUGGGGGGGGGAUGGCAUCGGGGAGCGGGAAGCCGGACGGUAGGAGGGCGGUUUCGUGGUAUGGUGCGUGGCGGUCGCGGGGUAAUAAGGAGGGGAUGGAGACGCUGGCGAGUAACGCGACUGAGAUGGGGAGUUUUGACGAGGGGCGGGAUGCUGUUGCUGCUGCUAGUAGGGGGGGGGAUGGGAGUUUGGACUCGGUGGGGCGAGAUCUUUGCAGGGUUGGUGGUGGGAGUGCGCGGGAUGUGGAGGUGGAGGUGAAUCACCAUGAUCGGUGCGUGACACCGGGGGGGAUUACGAAGAAGGUCGAGGUUGUAGUUACGAGGAGUUAG